CAUUUCAGUCAAACGUUUUCCAUUCUUGUACUACCGCUCGGUGAAUCAGACCCGAUAGAAUACAUUACACAAGACGUCACAACAUCGUCUGAACACUAAUAGUAAUCAUGGUAAGGUCCUGUCACUUGCUGUAGCUGUUUGGUUUACCUUCGGUUUCCCACAUGGACGAAGGUAGCGGUCAACGUUGAUAAUCGAAUUCUCGGAGCUCGAUCCGAUGAAAUCCGAUUCCAUUCUACGGAUGCAUUGCAAAGCAAUCUGCCGCAACUACUUCGCGAUAGGGGAGGUGGUAGUGAAUAUUUCUUCGAUUGGCGGUGGAAGAUUAGGUUGCUGUUGUCGAUAUACCAGGACAGAUUGGGCAUAUCUUGCUCGGUUGGACAAUGAACACCACUAGCUAGUGAUUAGGCUCUGGGAUUCCAACGGUCGAAAAUGAUUCUAUCGGUCAAUUUACAGUGUUCACGGGCCGUUGCGUAAAUUGCAAUUGGACCAGUUGCGGUGUAGGGCAACACGUCGUUCCUUGUGUCACUUCCUGGGAGGAACCUAGUUCGAAUGGUACUAUUUUUCAAACAGCACAUCUACAAGAGACUGGACUGUCACAGACUACGCCGACUUUAAGAAAUCAAUAACCUUAAAUGCAUGGCACGAACACGAACGGACCGGAUGCGUCAGUCAUCGAAGAAUAGCCUCGUGAGGGUUAUCCAGAGCCGUUGGAAUUCCCAUCGUUAAUUCUAUACAAUUGCCAUUUUCCAGUCUUGCGCUAAUCGCAUUCUCGUUUUUGCUGUUCUGUUUUCGAUUUUCCGGAUACAUUCGCUUUUUUCCAUUGAAUACCAAAAAAAUCGACCAACAGGAAGACGACGAACCUGUCGAUAAGAUGGCCGACAUUCGCAAGAGCUGCGUCCCAAACUGCCCCAAGCCAUUGGCCAAUUACGAGGCUUGCAAGAACCGUAUCAAGAACAAACCGGGGGCAUCUUGUGAGAUUUGGUAUUACGAACUGCACCACUGCGUCGAUAAGUGUGUAGCGCCCAAGAUUUUCGCCGCCACGAAAGAAUAGAUUGCAUAUGCAAAUAUAAUUUGUGUUUGUACAUAAUACAAUAGAUCGACGAUAAUGUUAUGAUCAAUGGCAUUCCAUGGGUUUGGAUUUGAUUUUGAUUUUCAGGGUGAUGAUUGCAUCGGUAAUGCACGGAUGUCUUUCUUCUCGUACUCGAACAAUAAAGAUUGAUAUCCAAAGAGUUAUGGUAUCGAAAUGACGAUGGAACAAUGGCAUGUUGAACUGUGGUUCGAUUUGUACUCGUUGUCUUGGAAUGAAACAAUGCAAUUAUCCUAGCAGUUGUGAAUUAAACGACUCGUUAAUUUAUUCGGAGUAGAAAAUAGAAAAUCAGAGGGCGACUCUUGGGUAAUGUCUCUGGAGUAUGACUUGGAGUGUUUUCGAUGGAAUACGAACCUAUUUCUUUUUGUCGUCGUAUCACUGUAAGAAUUGAAACCAACGGUUAUCAGUGCUGUUAUUGCAACUCUAUAGUAUGAUCUACAACCAUUUGCAGUUACAUUUCGCGAGAAGAAGGUGCGAUUAAAUCGAUCGGUUCGAG